AUGUAUAGUCAAGUCGCCUUAGUCGAAGGCUUUUUGAAGGCAAUACCAACAAUGGCAACCAAAUCAUGGGAAGAUUAUGAGAAAGAGUGCACAGCACAGGGAGCUCAUCUUGCUUCUAUACAUUCUGGAUAUGAGAACUCAUUUGUUUAUGGUAUCGCAUUUGGUGACGAUCUAUGUCAAUACGCUGCCAUUGGGUUGAAGUCGGUUUCCGGUAAUCUGAACAGUUUCCAGUGGAACGACGGAACAUCUUUGGAUUUUAACUACUGGGACAGUGGAAAGCCACCAUACGAAAACAAGUUUUGCACUUUUAUGCGCUAUCAUGUGAAAGGUCCUUGGUACAACUUUGGAUGUGACGAUACGGCGUGGAGUUUUUGCGCUGUUUGUAAAAAACCAGCGACGCAAAUUUGA